UCACACAUCGUCAGUCUGGUCGCAGCCAUGGCUCGGCCAGGUCACUCGCUUGAUUCGCCGUUGCAACGGCCUGCUGGAUGCUAACAAUCAUGCUAUUGGGGGUCGCUUGGCUUUCCCUGGUCUUCUGCUCAUGCCCACAUGGUGCUCUGCCUAUCAAUCCGUCCUCGAUCGCUGCUCCGUCAGAUUCUCGCUGGCAGCAAUGCGGUGUCUCCGAGCCCAUCCAACCCCCAGCCCAUCAUCGCCAGCGCUGGCGUCAACGGAACCGCUCCCAGCAGUCCCAACAGCCUCCUGGGCCAAGACCAGGGUACCUGCUGGUCCGUUGGUGCCAUCGCCGGCCUUGCUGCUGGCACUUUUGUUCUCGGCAUCCUCGUCGCCGGCCUGGCUGCCUGGCUGGUGCAGAAUCGGAAGACCUACAAGUCGUCCAAGCCAACCUUCUACAACACCACCUACCCGCAGUCCUUUGAGAUCUUCCAUCCGUCGCUCCAGCGAAACGCCUCUCCCCCACCGAGGCUGCCGACGCAGCAGCCGGAGCCAUACCGGGCCCCCACAAGUCGCCUGAGACCCACCGACACCAUCGAGAGUCCCAACAGGCCGGCCGCGGGCAGCCCGGCUUAUCAGACGCUGCCGCCUCUCUCGCAGCCCAAAAUCAAUCGAGCGACCACGUCCCCAACCCCGGCUCCGGCUCCGGCUCCGGCUCCGGCUCCGGCUCCAGCGCCAAAGCCUCCAAAGUCGCAGCCCUACGGCGCAUCAAAGGAGUCGUCCAGCAAGCCCGCCGCCAAGAUUCAGGAGCAGCAGCAGCAAGCAUCCCUCGUGCGGCCCUUCAAUACAACCACGAGCCCGCGCUCCAGCGACCGGUUCAACGGCUUGAGAUCCCCGACCAUGCCAGCGCAUACCCCAAGCCAGGGCGCCGGCCGAGCCUUUGCGCCCCUCAACGACGGCAAUCCCUGGGGCGUCUCGACCCAAAAGAUCUCGCGGGAGCAGAAUCCGUCCGUGGCCUCUGCCAACCUGCGGCCCGAUGCCCACAGCGACCGCGGCUACAACCGGCGAACAUCGAGCCUGCUGAGCUAUCCCUCGGACCGCCUGAACGCGGUCAUGAAGAGCCUCAAGUCGCUCGAUGUCCAGUCGACGCUCUCAUACGAGAGCCAGGAUAUGAUGCAGAUCUAUAUUGUCAACAAGGAGUUUGAGCCCGUCAACGAGGACGAGAUCGAGAUGAAGAUCGGGGACCGCAUCGAGAUCACACAUCUCUUUGACGACGGCUGGGCCUUGGGCAACAAUUACCGCUCGCUGGAACGGGGUGUGUUUCCGUUCGACUGCGUGGCCUGAGUCCUCCGCUUCAGCGAAGCAACCGGGGCUGGUCCUGGUUGUUGAGACGGCUGCGGUAUAUUUGGUCU